AUGGAGGUGAACGGCAACAAGAAAUAUCCAGAGAGCGAGGAGAAGAAGCCCGCACCGAGAGGACGGCCAAACAAUGCCACUGCGCCGCAGAGUAAUGAUGAGGAGAGCAGCGAGGAGGAUAAGGCAGACGAGGAGGAGAGCCAAGAGAAGUUGAAAUGA